ACUGGAGCAUGCGAACUGUUGCGCUCAUUGUUUACUUCCGGUUAAGAUGUAUUUAUUUAGCUAGCUAGCAAGUUCCCAUAAAGAGAGGCGGAUAAAAAUGCAGCAACGGGAAGAAAAGCUGUUGGAAGCAUCCGUGGAAUCACUUAUUUCCCGCGUGGCUCAUCUCAAAAACGCUCUUCAAAGUUUCAUCUACAAGUUGGAAAACGAGUAUGAAAGACUGACAUGGCCCUCUGUGUUGGACAACUUUGCCCUCCUGUCCGGUCAGUUGAAUACCAUCAAUAAACUGUUGAGGAAUGAGAAGACACCAUCUUUCCGUCAGCAGGUCAUCAUCCCCCUUCUGCUGUCUCCAGACAGGGAUGAGGAACUAGCUAAACUGACAGAGCAGCGUGUGCCUGUGUUCAGCCAUGAGAUUGUGCCAGAUCACCUGCGCACGAAGCCUGAUCCUGAGGUGGAGGAGCAGGAGAAACAGCUGAGUGCAGAAGCUGCCCGGAUAGGACCAGAGGUGGCACAGAAACAAAUCCAGACACUGAAUAAGCUAUGUUCAAAUCUACUGGAGAAACUGAACAAUCCUCGCGAUGACAGGGAUGCAGAAAGUGCAGCUAUACGGCAGAACAAACCAUCAUUCAACAUUGCUGACACCAAUGCACUGGUGGCAGCGGUGGGCUUUGGGAAGGGGCUUUCGAAGUGCAGGCCCCCCGGGCCCGUUGCCCCUGGACACCCAGGACAAGGACCCAUGAUGAGUGGAGGUCCCACCUUACAGCAGGUUACCAUCGGUGGGGGUUCAGGCCAGCAGCAAGGCAUGGGGCCUGGUGCUCCUCAGCAACAGGGACAGCCAGGCAAAAUGCCAAGCAACAUCAAGACAAACAUCAAGGCUGCCUCCUCAAUGCAUCCUUACAACCGAUAAGAUUCUCUCUCUAUCCCAUACUGAUGAAGUAUUCAGGAGGCCGAGAGAGUAAGUGACGUAAAGCAAUGGAAAUAUUAAUAUCUUUUAUCUUUUGAUUAAAUAAAUCAGUUUGAGAAGAAGGCAUCAUACUGUGUCAGUGAAUGUGCAGAAUGUAGUGAAACGGAUAUAUGUGCUUCAAUUUGUGAACACUAGAUGGCACAGUCUUUCCAUUUUAUAUUCGAGGGACAAGACAUUUUGAGAACUUGGUAUUUGUUGCAGAAAAUCUAAAUGAGAUUUUAUAUUAAUAGUGAAUAAAGGGAAUAUUAGAGCUUUAUUUUCAAUUGUACCUUUAUCCAGAUACCCCACGAUAUGUUAAUAUUUCACACAAUGAAAACCUGUUAUCACAGGCAUUAUGUUGAGCUAUGUCUUUCAGAAAUAUAUAACACAAGUGUGGAGUUUAGGGUCAGUCAGAGAACAGGCAUUAUAUUUCAAACCUUAUAUUUCAACUGCUUCACCAUGUUGUCUGUCCAGUCUUUUGAACCCUAGCACUGCUUCCUUCCCUCCCUACACUUUGCCUCCAUUGUGGCCAUUAUAAAUAUUGUAGGACCGGUGAGAGUAAUGCAGCUGGACAUUGCACUGCCUGGCCUGAUAACGUCAAAGUCGUUAAGGGAGGAGAUGAGAAAGUUGAUGCUGACGUGUGGGGGGCCUCUGUGCUUUGCGCCCCACCGUGGUCUGUCCACUCUAAUCCCUAUCCCACCUCCCGCUGGGCGGACGGCACAGGGACAAUGACCACUGUGGCUGUCACCAGAUACGACACAGGUCGCUGGGUGACCUACAUACAAACACUCACUGACACACACCCUCGGUCCUGCACACACACACUGUCCUACACACACAUACACCUUCUGUCCUCUGCCGGGCCGACGUCUCGCUGUGUCAGCCUCCAUGCCCUGGUAGGAGAGGAGGGUCUGCUGAGACAGCUAGAAGAUGCACAGGUUCAUACUCUCUAUAGACUCCAUAGGCAGAUGGACAGUCUACUGGCUGUGUCUAAUUGACCUACCUAUGAGAAAGACUUCUGAACAGGCUGUUACUGGCAUGUUUUGCUACUGCAUCUUCCUUUUUAUAUGAAAGAAAAUUAGGGCUGCAAUUCUUGAUUCAAUAAAGAAAAUGUUUCCUGGAGAUGUGAGUAAAAUAACAUACAGUGCCUUCAGAAAGUAUUCACACCACUUUACUUUUUCCCAGAAUUGUUGUUUUACAGCUUGAAUUUAAAAUAUAUUAAAUUGAGAUGUGUCACUGGCUUACGCACAAUACCCCAUAAUGUCAAAGUGGAAUCAUGUUUUUAGAAAUAAAUGAAAAGCGGAAAUGUAUUGAGUUAAUAAAUAUUCAACCCCUUUGUUAUGGCAAGCUUAAAUAAGUUCAUGAGUAAAAAAUGUGCUUAACAAGUCACAUAAUAAAUUGCAAGGACUGACUGU